AUGGCAGCAGAUAAAGGCUCGCAGGACACCUUGCGGCUCCAGUUCAAGAUGUUACAGGAGAUGCAGCACAAAAGGCUACAGAAGCAGAUGGAGAAAAGGAAGGAGAAAGAACUGAGCCUCCAAAGCAAAGUCAAUGACCAAGAAGAGCUCCUGGAGAUCUCCGACAGCUUCAGCCUCCUCCACACAGGGGAGCAACAUUCAAAAGACAGCUUUGAGAAGAGGGUGCUUGAAGACGAGAUUGAGCAGCUUCGAGAGCAGCUUAGAGAAACAGUGGAUGAGAACGGAAGAUUGCAUAAGCUGCUGAAGGAACGAGAUUUUGAAAUCAGACACCUCAAAAAGAAAAUAGAAGAGGACAGAUUUGCCUUUACAGGGACAGCUGGUGUGGCCGGGGAUGUGGUUGCCACCAAAAUCGUCGAGCUGUCCAAAAAGAACCGGGUGCUGAUGGCGGAGUCGGAGGGUGCGAAAACCAGAGUGAAGCAGCUGAACAAUCGAGUCCAGGAGCUGGAGCGGGACCUGCAGAUGGCCGUGGCCAGGCUCCCAGCCCAGGGGGGCACCGAAGCGGGAGCCAAGCCUCCGAGGACCCCGAUGGGAGAUGGAGCCUUGCCGGAGAGCCCAGAGAUGAAGGCCUUGCAGGACAGGCUGGCAGCUGCAAACCUGAAAAUGAGUGACCUCCGCAACCAGGUCCAGGCCGUGAAGCAGGAGCUCAGGGUAGCCCAAAAGGUCUUGGCCUCUGAGGUCGGGGAAGACGUGAACGUCCAGCAGCUCCUGUCCAGCCCCGGGACCUGGCGCGGUCGGGCUCAACAAAUUCUUGUUUUGCAGCGCAAGGUUCGAGAGCUGGAAAAGCAGUUGGGACAGACCCGGAGCCGAUCUGCAGGAACAGCUGGUGAUGAGUUGUCCAUCCAUUCAGACCCAAGGAAGCUGUCGGCACAGGAGAAAAACCUGCUGAGGAUCCGCAUCCUGGAAAGGGAAAAACAGGAAGGCUGGGAGAAACUUGCAGGUGAGCGGGACACUCUCCAGAAAGAGCUCGAAGAGCUGAAAAAGAAGUUUGAGGGUUUGAAGUCUCGGAACAAGGUGCUGUCAAGCGAAGUGAAGACCCUCAGGAGUCAGAUGGGCACCCUGGUGGAGAAGGGCAGGCAUGAUGACGAGCUCAUUGACGCCCUCAUGGACCAGCUGAAGCAGCUACAGGAGAUCCUGGGCAGCCUGAGUCUACAGGAGGAGAAGACGCGAGCAUCCCACCACCGCCUGGACCAGAAGCUCAACAGCGAGGCUCAGCGGAGCAGCAGCCUCGUCGCCCAGCUGCGGGCCAUGGUGGCUGAGCGGGAGGCCAAGGUGCAGCAGCUGGAGUUGGAGAUUGGGCAGCUCAGUGUGCAGUAUCUUCGGAAUAAAGGCGUGGACGUUGGAUCCAGUGGGUCUGAGGUCAACCACACCUCUGCCAAGGUCCCUGAGGAGCCAGGCCUGACCAAGUCCCCGGCCUCAGCAGGCGAUCACAUUGUCAGGCUUGGAUCGUCUCGCUCCGUGACCAGCCUGGGCCACACACUGGUGGAAUCUGCUCUCACGCGGCCCUCCCUGCCCAGUCCUCAUGGGCCCUCACCCAGGUUCUCAGACAUCCCAGAACAAAAGGGCUGGCAGACACAGGUGACAGAAUUCAAGGCCCUCUGGCAGGCCACCGAGGUGGAGCGUGACCGGCUCACAGAGUUUGUCACUGUCCUACAGAAACGGCUGGAGGAGAGCAACAGCAAGCUUCUGGAGUCAGAGAGGAAGCUGCAGGAGGAGCGGCAGCGUGCUGUAGUGCUUGAACAACAACUGGAGAAGAUGCGCCUGGAGCUCAGGCGGGCGCCGGACUCACAGAAAGCCGCCUCCAGGAGCAAAACAGGUCCGCCUGCCUCUAACACCAAGCACAACCAGAACGCGAGCAACAGGAAGGAGCCGGACUUCGCCGAGCUCUCUGUCGUGCCUGUGGAAUCCCAGAUGGAGGAGCUGGCUACCAGGCUGGCCAUCCAGGUAGAGGAGAACGACAUGCUGAAGGCUGCCCUGGGCAGUGCCCUGCGGGGGAAGGAGGAGGACUUCCGUGUGUACCACGAGACCCUGGACCAGGUGAAGGGGGUCUUUCUGCAGGCCCUGCGGCAGCAGAAGGCAGACAAGCACUAG